AUGGCAGAAACUCUUUCCGAAUCUUGGGCAACAAUCGCGUCCCUUGGUAAAUCCAAGAAAGUAAUUCGCCCUUUGUCUGUCUCCAACAAUAUGGAUUCUCAAUUCAAGUUACAAAGUAAGGUAAUCUACCAAAAUGAAGUGCUUGACAGUAUCAUCAGAAUGCAGAAGGCUACCGCAAUCGUGAAACAGGCUUUGACACCUGACUCUGCUCUCUUCUCCUUUCCCGCUUCCUUAAUCGAACAUCGUACCGAAGCAUACGAGCUUAUUGAAACGCAAUGUGGCCCGGUCCAUGGUUUUCGCGCAAUCAGUAAUUAUGGCUCGAGCUUAAAUGUUGAUCUUUUGAUUGAAGUCAGAUUUGUUGAUGACUCAAGUCUUGACAAGGCAAUUUGUACUGGUGUUACAAUCAAGAACACCGUUAUCAAAGGAACUUAUACAAUUAAUUCCGAAAGGUACAAGCUGGCACAUGUGAAGAUCUCACUUUUAUACAUUCCUGAUAAGAAGGAAUUUCUUGAAAAGUUAAUGAACUCUCUUCUUGUUUACGGACAAGUCUUGCAAGUCAAGGAGUACACUUGUGGUGGCUAUUUCGAAGGCGAAUUGUCAGUGAUACUCAAUACGUCUACCGGUUAUUCUGGCGAUGAUAGUGCAGUGUUUCCCAAUGAGCCGCUCACCAAUAAUUUAUUUCUGUACGAAUGGGAUUGUUUUGCUUCAGCAUCCUUCAAAGGUGCC